GUGAAGGAGAAGAAUCAAUGGCAGGUGGAGGUCUUCUUCUGGGUUUAAUUGUUGUUUUGGUUUGUUUUUCGCAGACAUGUUCUGCGAUCAUCACUUUCUCUUCGCUGCAAAGAACACUUGUUAUCACUGCUUCUCAUCCUCAACGACUUUUGAAAGCCGGGGAAGACAAAAUCACAGUGACAUGGGGGCUGAACCAAAGUUUCUCAGCAGAUUCAGCCUACAAAACCAUCAAGGUCCAGUUAUGCUACGCACCAAUUAGCCAAGUGGACCGAGCUUGGAGGAAAACCGUCGACAAUCUUUCCAAAGACAAAACAUGCCAAUUCAAGAUCGUAAAAACACCCUACACCACCACCACCCAAACUUUUGAAUGGAAAAUUGAGCGAGAAGUUCCGACCGCCACCUACUUCGUCCGAGCCUAUGCAUUGGAUGCUGACAACCAACAAGUGGCUUACGGUCAAACUACCGAUGCCAAGAAAACUACCAACCUCUUCGAAAUCCAGGCCAUCACGGGACGCCAUGUCUCGCUUGAUAUUGCAUCCGUUUGCUUCAGCGUUUUCUCAAUUGUUGCCUUGAUGGGCUUCUUUUUUGCCGAGAAAAGAAAGGGAAGAAAGGCUCAACAGUAGUUGAUG